CGGAGCCGCCCCUUCCGCGGUCGUUUUCCUAGCGCUCGCGACUCUGGGGGCUGGCGUCCGGCCUGACUUUGUGUAGUUAAGCAUGAAGUCCCUUUGGACACAGUCGUGUGGAGGACAGCUGUAUAUAUGACAAUACUUCCAUUCGCAGUUACCCUUUUGAGGUCAUGCUUCUGGUAUUUUCAUUACUCCCGAACCAACCUUUCCUCCAGAUUACAGAUUUGCGGGCAAAGUUCGCGUGAGAUGGAAGAUUCCCGAGGGAUAGCAGAGGAGUCGUUUCCAAGCUUUUUAACCAGUUCACUACUUGGUAAUAGUGAGGUUUUGGAAAAUGUCACUCUUUCAUCAAAUUUCGGCUUGCCUAUUGCUGUUUCUACACUUGCCAGGAACAGAUUCAGCAUUGACAACAGGUGUCCUGAUGUCCAGGCAUCAUACCUAACUGAAGGAAGGCUUUCAGUUCCUUCUGUCUCGUCUCCUAGUUGCCAGGGUGACAACACUGAGCCAAGAGGAAGAUUGCAACUCAGCUUUCAGGGUGAUGAUUCUGCCUCAAGGAAAAAGAGCUACAUAGAAAACUCACAUUUGUCGCUUGCUCUCAUGAAACCAAGAACAGAAGAGAAGCAAGCUAACACUACAACAUCUGUUCAGUGUCAGCGUCUUUUGGAUGAAGCUUCCCCUCUGGAACAAGUACCGGACUCAGCUCUUGAUUUUCACUUAAAGUCAUGGAUAAAUAAUCAAGAACACGAGACUGUCAUGCCUGAUGCUAGGAAACAUCUUGAAGACAAGGCUCCAAACAGUGAUUUCAGCCACAUCAGCUUAUUAGAAAAUGAGAAACUUUUAACAGUGACAAACCUGGAAGAUACCUCUGAUGAUGAUAUUAAUGAUGAAGAAUUUUAUGAUGAUCAUCUAGAAGCAUAUUUCGAACAACUGGCUGUUCCAGGGAUGUUAUAUGAAGCAGGAGGACAGGAGUCACCAGAAAAUGUUUUCAAGUUACCUGCACAUGGAAACAAUAUCUUAAACUGUGAGUUCCAAUUAGAAAAUAACAACUCUCUGAUUUCCCAUGGUGCAUAUACUUCAGGAAGUUCUGGAACAACUCACAGAGAGUCUGAGGAAGGCCGUGGUUGUCUUCUGGGGAUCAGUGGCUUUGCAGGUAUUGUAGAUAAUAUAAAGCAGGUAGAUAAUGUGUUACCAUUUUAUUCUCAUACCUGGAGCACUGAGAAGGAAGUGGCACCUAAUUUGAAAGAUGUUGUUCCAGAUCAAAGCAGAGAAUGUGCAGGAGAGGCCAUUCUGGGGAAAGAGCUGCGCACUGUGGAUGAGACACUCAGCCCUCAUGCAGGAGAGGCCGUUCUGGGGGAGAGGCUGUGCACUGUGGAUGAGACACCCAGCCCUCGUGCAGGAGAGGCCGUUCUGGGGGAGAGGCUGUGCACUGCGGAUGAGACACCCAGCCCUCGUGCAGGAGAGGCCGUUCUGGGGGAGAAGCUACACACUGCGGAUGAGACAUCCAGCCCUCCUUAUAGUCACAGUACAGAUGAUGCUAAAGGUGGCUUUGACCUGGCUGACUCCAGAAAACGGGAUUCAGAGUCUGCUCAUCAAAAUAAGCAUUUGGCUUCAGAUUUAGAAACAGUUUUGAAUGUGGAUAGAUGCGUAAACACGGAGAGUCCUUCAGUGUUCAUUCAAAAAUGUGGGAGUGUUUCAUCUUUGAAGACUAAUAGUGACAAUGGAAUUAAUUCUCCUGAUACUGUUUGGUCACCAACUUGUGAAAGGAGAGCAUGUGAAUUUUAUGAGUCUGUUACAAAGCCUAAUGACCAAGCAGAUCUCUCACAGAACAUAGUCUACCAAAAUGAGGAUGGCAAAUGGGUCACUGACCUUGCCUACUACACAUCUUUUACUGAUCAGCAAGAUUUACAGAUGUCUCCAAAUAAUGAAACGAAUGAAGACUUCAGAUCUGGUACUGAAGCAUUGGAUUUAAUUGCAAAAGAUGAAGAAGAGUUCAAUAAAGAACAUCCCUUUAUACAGGAUGAAAAAAUAGAUGUUCAGAAUACUUCAGCUGCACUUGAUGCAUCCUGGGUAGCUACAGUGAAUUACCAUUUGUUGAGAAAAUCACUUGGCACAUCAGAUUUCGACAAAGACGAUGGCAGCUACCUACGUUUGUCACUAGGGGAGUUCUUUGCACAAAGAUCUGAAGCUCUUGGUUGCCUUGGUGGUGGUAGCAGUGUGAAAAGACCAUCAUUUGGUUAUUUUAUUAGAUCGCCAGAGGAGAGAGAACCUUUUGCAUUACUAAAACCUGAUGUCUCAAGAAGUAAUUUGGAAAAAGAAGUGACUCAUCUUCACCAAGGUUUAUUUUCAGGAAAUUUAAAUGAACAGUCCCAGGCUCAGCUAAGUAAAGGCUCAAUUACACUGCAGGCUGAAGAACUACAGAGUACUUCACAGGUGGAUGAGAAUGAUGUGACCCUGACUGCCAACGAGAGCAGGACAGAGGACACUUUCUGCAGUAAUAACAAACUUGAAAAACACAAAAGCAUUCUUUCUGGCAGUGGAGAUUCUGUGCUUAGAAUAAGUACCAUUGCUUCAGCCAUUGCCGAUGUGUCUGUGAGUACUGAUCCUGCCCAGCUGGUUGCCAUGAUGAAGGCACUUACAAAUAAGAGAAGAGACAAGACUUUUCAGGAUGACGAUACACAAGAGGACUGUUCCACCACGUCUCAUUUCUUAAUUAAUGAUGUAGAAAAAAGUAACAGAUUCAACGCUUUUGAUAUGGAGAAAUACCUUACAAAAACAGAAGUUAGUAGCUGUGAAGGUACAUGGGAGCCCUUUUCGAGAGCAGGCACGUCUGACAUUUGGGAUUUAUGUUUGCCCAAACAGCAAACUGUUCAAGACAUCAGUGUGGCGAAUGUUUGUGCUGCUAAUGUGAGGCAACCCAAAGCAGAUUCAGCAGCUGUUUUUCUCUAUGGUGAAAAUACAGAGAGUGAGACUCAAGAAUCACUUAGAACACUAGCCUCUCCAGAUUCAGGUCUUUCGAACAUGAGCAAGGAUAGAAGCACAGUCAUAGGGAGGAAGGCAUGCUCCAUUGACGAAUUACCAGAUGUGCAGACCAUUGAGAAAGCUGCCUCAGUUUCCAUUCCAAUAUCUGGUAGUUACUCAUCAAUAAGGAAUCCCAGAGUAUCGUCCCUUCGCCGUUUAGAAAAAUGUGAGGAAAUACAAGAUAAUGGAGAACACCAAAGGAAAAAGGGGUGUGUCAGUGAGACAAGCAGCAGUGACAAGCGCGUCACUUUUGAAGAAGAUCGUAUAGUCUUACCUAAAAGUGUUGAUUUGACAGUUUCCUCUCCUGAGAGUGGUGGAUCUGGCUUUGAAGACCAGGGGCAGUUCAGACUGUCUGCUUCACCACUCAGCCAUUCUUCGCCUAGUGAAAUUUCUGGCAAUUUAUCAGGAUAUGCUCUGGAAUCUCUUAAAUUAGCUCAUCACCAGAAACCCCACUCAGAGUGUGAGUUGUCUGAGUUGGCAUGUUCCCAUGCUGAUUUGAGCAGGCUGACUUAUGUGUCUGAACAGGAAAACACCUAUCCUAUUACAGCUGCUGGUGAAAGCUUAGAGGACCACAAGAGUGAUCUCACCAGUGAGCUGAGCACCACAAUUGUUCGAGCCAGUCCGACUCCAUCAGAAGAAGAAACUACGAAGAAGCUAAGAGACGAAGUUCUAGGUCAGAAUACAGAAAAAGUAACAUUGCCAUGUAGUAUCCAGGUUGAAUCUGGUGUAGGAAAAGUGGAAGAAACUCCUUCUCUGAGUAGCGGAUUUGAAGAUGGAGAACCUAACUUUUCAUCGAGUCAAGAUAUUUCUUCCAGAAGUGGGGAACACUUGGAAGCCAGUGGGGUAGAUUCAACAUCUGGCCCCAGUGAACAGGACCUGAUUGGCCAGGCUCUCCUGAACAAGCCAGGGCUGCGCCAUCAGUCUGGGCUAGCCAUACCAAGCCUCCUUGUAUCGAACCAGAAGACUGUGGACCAAAAUCAAAGGUUAACAUCUACUGGUUUGUCGACUGCCAGCAGUGACUCUAGAAGCCAGAUUCCUAAUCUCUGUACCUCUGUAAAUCAGCCCAAUCUUGCUCCCCAUAUUUCAGCUCAUACUUCUGUUGCAAAGGUGCAGAACCAGCCUCCUCUGUGCCCGGCACUCUGGACUGGACAUUCUCUAUACACAGCUCCUGUGGCCCAGCAGUAUUUGGGGCCAGUGCCUUCAUCUGGGAAUGCCGCCUUGCCUCAGUACCAUGCAGCUGUGCAAGUCUGUGGGAUUUCAGAGUGUUCUCCUUAUCCUCUUGUUGCACCAGAACAUGUGGCUUCUGGGAUGUGUUUAGGACCAAAUCUUGCCUCUGGAGUGAUGGGUCCAUCUUCUCUUUAUAACCUGUGUUCCACUGCUGUACACCAGAACCUGCUGAGUACAGCAAAGCCAUUUCCUGUGCAGCCUGUUGCUACAAACUGUGAAACCAAACCAUGGGACUUGGGGAUGAUGUCUGGAUUUGGGAAUGCCAGAGUACCCGAGGAACUGAGGUUUCCUCAUGCCUGCUGUGUAGGUAUUGCUUCACAGACCCUCCUUAGUGUCCUCAACCCAACUGACCGUUGGCUCCAAGUCAGUAUCAGAGUCCUCAGUAUCUGUGUGAAUGGCGAGAAGGUGGAUCUUUCAACACAAACAUGUUUAGUUUUCAAGAAUAAAGUUGUUAUAAGACCUCAUGCCACAGAAGAGAUAAAAAUUCUUUUUAUACCUACAAACUCUGGAAUUUUCAGAUGUACAUUCAGUGUUGCUUCUUGGCCAUUUUCAGCAGAUGCUGACACGAUAGUGCAAGCAGAAGCUCUGGGAAGCAGAGUCACGCUCACUGCUAUUGCUGAAACCCCUGUUAUUGAGGUAGAAACAGAAAAGAAAGGUGUUCUGGAUUUUGGCGACUUGACCUAUGAAGGCUGGAAACCUCUCCCACUCAAGUUAAUAAAUAGGACACAUGCUACUGUGCCCAUCCGACUGAUUAUUAAUGCUAAUGCUUUAGCCUGGCGCUGCUUCACAUUUUCCAAAGAGCCCAUCCAUGCUUCUCUGAAAGCUACUCCUUACUCUGAUGGGAUUGCUCAGCUGGUGGCCCCAUCUGUAGUUAGUCACGUGAUGCCUGCCAGUUAUGAUGGACAGGAUCCAGAAUUUCUGAUAGUUUGGGUUAUUUUUCAUAGCCCAAAGAAACUCCUUACUUCAGAAAUUCUAGGCUCAGCAGAAGAAUUCCUGGCCAGAGUGGAUAUAGAAGUUGACAGCCCAAACCCUAUACCAGUUCUUAGAAGUGUGGACCUCCGAGCAAGAGCAGGAAUAGCUAGGAUUCAUGCCCCCAAGGACUUACAGACUAUACAUUUGUUGGCUGAUGUAAACUCCUCAACAAAGCAGCCCUUGCCUUUGAAAAACGCUGGGAAUAUUGAAGUUUAUCUAGAUAUCAAGGUCGCAGAACAAGGAAGUCAGUUUUCAGUGGAUCCAGAGAGUCUCUUUCUUAAACCUGGUGAAGAACAUGAAGUGGUAGUUUCAUUUACACCAAAGGACCCCAAAGCCUAUGAAGAAAGGAUCCUGAAAAUAUUUGUGCAGCCAUUAGGACCUCAGUAUGAAGUAGUGUUAAAAGGUGAAGUUAUUUCUUCUGGGAGUAAAACUCUGCCACCUGAACCUCACUGCUCUGAUAUUCCACUGAUUCUGUCCAAUAAGCAGUUUCUGACUUGGGGAGGCAUCCCUCUCGGUAGGACACAGCUUCAGAAACUAGCUUUAAGAAACAGUUCUACAACUACAGCCCAAAACUUGCGACUGCUUAUUAAAGGACAAGACCAGGAUUGCUUUCAGAUUAAGAACACUUUUGGCUCAGAAGAGAGAUUGACCAGUAACUGUGAGAUCAGAAUUUGCCCAGGAGAGGACUGUGUAAUCUCUGUGUUAUUUGCACCUACUCGAUUAUCUUGUAUGUUGGCUAAACUAGAGAUCAAGCAACUUGGAAAUCGUUCACAGCCAGGCAUUAAGUUUAUGAUACCUUUGUCUGGAUAUGGAGGAACAAGUAAUCUUAUCUUAGAAGAUGUUAAAAAAUUAUCUGACAGUUACUUGGUAACAGUGAAUAAUUUAAUCCCUGGCAAAGAAAGUAAAGUAGUUUUUUCUAUUCGUAACACUGGCUCCAGAGCAGCCUUUGUUAAAGCAGUAUGUUUUAAAGAUUCUCAAAGAAAAGUUUUGCUGGAUCCUAAAGUAAUGAGGAUUUUUCCAGAUAAAUUUGUGCUUAAGGAAAGAACCCAAGAAGAUAUUACUUUAAUAUACAGUCCAUCACACAGAAAGAAUGACAGUAAACCUGCAACAGAACUGUUAACUGUGUACUUCUUUGGUGGUGACGAAAUCUCCAGACAGCUGUAUCGAAGAGCCCUGCUGCAUAAACCAGGGGCCAUAAAGCAGAUUCUUCCGGAACAUAGUGUGCUCCAAAACAUCGACUUUGCUGAAGCAUUUCAGGAUGAGCUGCUCACAGAUGAAGCGUGUGAUCUUCCUCAGCGGCCUAAUGACAUUCAGCUCUUUUAUGGAAGCAUGCGUAAAAUUACCCUGUCAGUAAUUGGAGAAUUCCGAGAUUCCGUUUCUAGCAGAGAAUUUCUUCAGCCUUCUUCCAGUACUAUGUUGGAAUCUAAAAGUGAAUCUGGAACUUCUCGAAAACAAAGUGGCAAUGUCUCUUUGGAUGUUUUGCCAGUUAAAGGCCCUCAAGGUCCUCCUUUUCUCUCACAUAUUGCCCACCCAGCUCAGGACACACCAGCCUCUGAAGAAAGUUGGGCUGUCCAUCCGGAACACUUGAUUCUGGUAGCUCGUUCUUCUUGUGAUUACUUGGGUGACAUGGCAAAAACUGGACGUUUCCAGAUUAUAAAUAACUUUGUUAGGGCACUGAAAUUUGAGCUAUACUGGCCAGCGCAUUGCCUGACAGUCACACCACAACAUGGAUUUAUCACACCGCAGAGUAAAAUACAAAUUCUUGUGAGUCCUAAUUCUUCCCUGUCCACAAAGCAGUCAAUGUUCCCAUGGACCGGUUUGAUCUAUAUACACUGUGAUAAUGGGCAGAAGAAAAUGGUAAAAGUUCAAAUUCGAGAAGAUUUGACCCAAGAACCUUUACCUCAUUUGGCCUCCAGCAUGUUUGGAAAUCUUGUCCCAGGACCUGAGCCUUCCAUUAGUCAUUUGACAAAACCAGUAACAAAACCACCUUCCACAAAAGUUGCAAUUAGAAGCAAGACAGUGAUUUUUCCUCCAACAGAACCUGGUCAAGCCUCAGAGAACUAUCUGGAACUGGAGAACUGUGGCCCCACAGAUGUGAAGUGGCACCUGUCAUCUUUUGCUCCUCCAUAUGUCAAGGGAGUUGAUGAAACUGGGGAUGUUUUUAGAGCUACCUACACAGCAUUCAGAUGCUCACCCAUUUCUGGCACACUAGAAGGCCAUGGAAUCCAAAAGGUCUCCAUCAUGUUUCUGCCCAGAGACAGAGGGGAUUACGCCCAGUUUUGGGAUGUUGAGUGCCACCCUGCUAACGAGCCUCACAUGAAACAUACAUUGAGAUUCCAGCUCUCUGGACAGAGCAUCGGAGCAGAAAAUGAUCCUGAAGGCUCAUGCUCCUCCAGAGAUACCCUUAUUAAAGUAGAUGCUGCAGUUGUGUCCCGGACGCGUGCUGUGUCUGAGACCUCCGCUCACGAACCUGGGCAGUUUGACUUGAGUCACCGGGGAGUAUAUGCCCCAAAGGAUGUCUACAUGUUCCUGCCAACCAAACUCGGGGAAUCCAGGACACUGAAAGUCAAUUUGCGAAAUAACUCUUUUUUCGCUCAUGCACUGAAGUUUUUGAGCCCCAGAGCCCCUUUCUACAUCAAACACUCGAAAUACUCCUUGAGGGCCCGGCACUACAUCCACAUCCCGGUGCACUUCAGACCAGAGUCAGUGGGCAGAUUUGAAGCUUUGCUUGUGAUCCAGACAGAUGAAGGCAAGAGUAUUGCUGUUCGUCUAAUUGGAGAAGCCCUUGGAAAAAGUUAACUAGAAUACAUUCUGUGUAAAUGACCUGUUAUAUUUUGGCAAUCUCAUUUUUCUACACCAAAGUUAUGCUGAUGUAUAUAUUUUGUAUGAUAAAUUCAAUGUAUAUAAAGUAUAGAUUUGUUUUAAAGAAUUAGUCCCUAACAAAAUAUCAUGUAUCUAGCUCACAGCAUUAACAUUUACAGGGGAGAAAUUCUAUUUUUGAAUUGAUUAUGAUAUUAUGAAUAAAUACAGCAUAUGUUUUAAUGUGGUGUAUUCAGAAAUAAACUUGAGUUUUUUACUGAA